AUGUUAGAAAGUGUGGAAGAAAUAUAUAAACGCAAUUACAAUUCAAUUAAAGUGCUUUUUGGAGUAUCCUUCAGUUUGGGUGUGAACUUGACAGCGCCUAGUAAAAUAAAAGAUGCUUUGAAACUUUUCAAUGUGAUUUUGGUGUUGACCAGUAUUCUAUCCUUAUAUGGGCAGUGGUGUUAUUUCCACCGACAUAUUGACAACAUACCACUUUCAGCGGAGACCGUUUGCAUUGCUCUGCAACUUGUUAUGGCCGUUGUAAAAAUGGUGUAUUACCUCUUCACACAACGUACUUUCUAUCGCCGUCUAGAGCAGACUUUAACACAUGAAAUAAUACGCAAAAUAGAAAUAUUUGAACAUGAUUUUCCAAUAAAUCGCCAGUUAAAGCAGGAGAUCGAUGAUAUAAUGAGUGGGGCUUGGCAAAACGCCCGUCGACAAAUAUUAUUUUAUUUCUGUUGUUGUGUGGGUAUUACUUCCACUUACUUUUUUGGCGCUGUCUUCGUCAAUCUCUAUCAUCAGCUGAAGCAAACACCCGAUUAUGAGCAUAGAUUAGCACUUCCCGCAUUGUAUCCAUUUUGGGAAGAUAAGGGCAUGACAUUCCCCUACUAUCCAUUGCAAAUGUAUAUCACGGGCUGUGCUAACUAUAUCGCUGGCAUGUCUGCGAUGAGUUUCGAAGGCGUCUUCAUCGUGCUAUGCCAGCAUGCUGUUGGCUUGGUGAAGGUCCACAAUUUGUUAGUGCUACGAUCCACCUCACCAUUGAUACCGGCUGAGAGGCGGGUUGAGUAUCUACGUUAUACCAUCAUUACGUAUCAGCGAAUAUAUAUUUAUGUGCAGCAGAUUCAAAAGAGCUUCAAACAGGUCAGCUUGUCACAAUUCGUACUGAGCUUGAUUAUAUUUGGUAUCGUACUGUUCGAAAUGAGUUUCGGUUUAAAAUCCAGCAUUUUUGUCGUUAUUCGUAUGAUAUUUUAUAUUUUGGCAUCAGGAACCCAAAUUAGUUUAUACUGUAUUAAUGGCCAGCACCUAACAACCGUGAGCAAAGAGAUUCCGUUAGCGUUGUACAGCUGCAACUGGUAUGAAGAAAGCGGCAAGUUCAAACAACUGUUACGCAUGAUGAUUAUGAGGACUAAUCGACAUUUUAAUUUGGAGGUAUCUUGGUUUACUCUGAUGAAUUUGGCCACCUUGAUUGCGUUUUUCAGAAUGAGUGGUUCGUACUUCUUGUUACUGCGCAACCUUCAAGAAAAAUAAAUUAUUAAUAAAUUGUGAAUGUCACGGAAACGAAUAAAUAAAUAAUAAUUUCACAUAUUAAUUUAAUAGACUUUUACUUUUUGCUGCACGGAAUCUUAUGGCAUGACCGACAACCCUAUUUUUGUGCAUAUUUUUGCGAAGACAUUCGGGUAAUAGGUCGGAAAUCGAGUUAGCGCAAUUUAUAUUUAGCUUUAUAAUGUUAUUAUACGUUGUUGAUGUACUUAGCAGCUUUAAAAAUAGUUUAGUAAUAAAUUUAAAUUAAUGCGGUCACCAAAAAUUAUUAAUAAUAACAUUAAAAACAUACAAAAAAAAAACAUCAAAAAGAUUGCGGUCUGACCAUAUUGACCAGGCUGGUAGUGGCAUUUCACUCCGGUACGCUAUCCCACUACUGCCUACCACGGGAACUCUUGGCUGCUGGUUUUCACCCCUGGCCCGGUUCAUCCCUCCUUAGCCAACCUGAAUGUCUAGGACUCCUCCUUGACACCCAUAUUGAUGGCAAGCUUAGUGCGGACGUUCCGUCAACAUGAUCUGGUCCACCACACAGGAC